GCAGGCAGCGGCUCGGCUCUCAGACUGAAGCAGACAAAGGCGAGGGGAGAGACGGCGUGCCGCUAUCCUGCAGCAUCGACUCACACACUCACAUCCACUCCCCCUCACACAAUCCCUUCACUCCGCAAGCUGCGACGCAGACUAUCCGGAGCUGGUCCACACCACCUCACAUCUGUAACAGCCACCAUAACUUUGUCGUCAUGGAGCUAGACUUUGGACAUUUUGAUGAGAGAGACAAGGCAUCCCGUACCCCACGGGGUGGACGCAUGAACGGACUCCCUAGCCCUACUCACAGUGCCCACUGCAGCUUCUACCGCACGCGCACUCUGCAGGCUCUCACCAAUGAGAAGAAAGCCAAAAAGGUGCGCUUCUACCGCAACGGAGACCGCUACUUCAAGGGCAUCGUGUACGCUAUAGCCAACGACCGGUUUCGCACCUUUGACUCUCUCCUGGCUGAUCUCACACGGUCACUCUCCGACCACAUCAAUUUGCCACAGGGUGUCCGCUUCAUCUUCACCAUUGAUGGAUCACGCAAGAUCGCAACCUUGGAUGAACUAGAGGAAGGGGAAAGCUAUGUUUGUGCAUCAGAGAACUUCUACAAGAAAGUCGAUUACACAAAGAACGUAAACCCCAACUGGUCUGUGAAUGUAAAGGCCUCAGCAAGCCAGAAGAACAUGCAGUCCUUGGCUGCCAAGGCUGCCGGCGAGCCCAGAGAGACCAAGGACUUUGUUCGACCUAAGCUUGUCACAGUGAUGCGCAGUGGUGUGAAGCCACGCAAGGCUGUCCGUGUCCUGCUCAACAAGAAGACAGCACACUCCUUUGAGCAGGUGCUCACCGACAUCACAGAGGCUAUUAAGCUUGAAAGUGGCGUGGUUAAGAGGAUCUACACAAUUGAUGGCAAGCAGGUAACUUGCCUUCAAGAUUUCUUUGGUGAUGAUGAUGUCUUCAUUGCUUGUGGACCAGAAAAAUUCCGCUAUGCACAAGAUGACUUUUCCCUGGAUGAGAAUGAAUGCAGGGUGAUGAAGGGACCCAAACCCCCACGUGGUUCAGCAAAGAGCCCUGGUCCAAUAAGGCGCUGCAAGUCUCCUGCUGAAUCAACCAAUGGGACAGGAUCCAGCAGCCAGAUGUCCACUCCGAUUUCCAAGCAUUCCCCAACAUCUACCCCUACAAGUCCUGGCCUCAACAACAAGCAGAAGGAUCUCUACCUGCCAUUAUCUCUGGAUGAUGAAGAUUCUCUUGGUGAAUCGAUGUAGACUCUCCUCAUGCAGCCACCCUCCAUUUUUGGCCUGAAACAGCGAAGUUUUAUACCUCUGCUGCUUUUCACCUUCACUUACAGUGCCACCUGUUGAGGAAACCGCGCUCUCUUUUAAGGCCUUAGCCACAAUGGUUAUGACACAAUUUGCUGCUUGUGAAACUGUUUUUAAAUCCUGCUUUGACCACAUUAACUAUUUCACUAAUAAUCCGGCAUGUUUCUUGGUGAAGGAUAGCUGCUAGUUUGUCAAAAGGGCACACAAUUCACGGAUACAGAUUUUAUGGUUUUAAUGGGGGGAACAGUCACUUUUGUUAAACAUUUAGAUAAAGCCACACUCUGAAUUUAAAAUUUCACUCAGAAUUCCAAGCAGCAAAUGGAUCAUUUUAGAGGCGUUAGCCAAAACUGGCUCAAUAUUUUUUAUUUUAUUAUUAUCAAUAAACAUGUUUGUGAUGUUCCUCCAUUUCCUCCUGUCCUUCUGCCCAGUAGUCAAAGGAGUGAAAGGUAAUUGUCCAUUGUCACAGGAGGUCUACUCAGCCAGACUGGGUCUUUCUAACCUGCUGUAAAUACUGUGUAUAGCCAUCCACUAUAACAUCUCUGCUCAGUGUUCAUUGCUGUGCUUCCAUAAUGUCACUAAAAUGUCUAACAUUUGCUAAACAUUUUACAGGGUAUGGUCAAAAUAAAAGAAAAACCAAAAUGAAUUCCUGCCAGUAAGAGGAAGGAUGUGUGGGACGCUGUCAAUGACUGAAGAGGAUUACUUGACUGAGGAUGUAUUGCGAAAACUGUUCACCAUAUUCAUGAAGGCAUUUAAAUCUACAGUAUGUGUCAGAAAUAAUUAAUAUUUGUCCAAUCAGAUUCAAGCAAAUAAUGUAAAAGCAAGGCACCCCACAUAUCUUCAUGUUGGUGUUUCUUCUAUUUUGACUCAAUGCAUAGAUGGUGAGUUAUGCAGUGGUGUGUACCCUCUGUGUUUUCACAAACUGCAGUGCAUGUUAAUGAAUAAUAAUGAAACUUGUCUUGUAAAGAGCUGAAUUGAAGGACCUAAUCGUGCAUAAAAACAACCAAAGGACAAAGUAGGCCCUUUAUAGUGAAACCAUCCUGCAUUCAGUAUACAGUUUAUUAGGACUCCCUUUUUAGGUCAGUUUACCAGUUAUCCCUUCUUUUUGACAUUGAUUUCUCCACAGCUUGUGCUGACCUUACAUAGUUGGUGAGAUAAGACUCUGAAAGCCAAAGUAUGCUUUUUAAUUUGAUUUUUUUUUAAACAAGAAUGACAGGGGGUAUUGUAUUAGUUAUACAAAUUCUGGAGGAGGCAGAGAUUAAAGAUGAAAUUGUCUUCAUCUAAGGCAGUAAGUUCAUAUCAUGGCGCUGAGCAGUAGUGGGAACUUUCUCCUCUUUUGCAUGGCUUGGCAUAGUUCUGCGAUAUGUUGGGGGGGUGGGGGUGAUGAGAACAUAACCUUUGUUUAAAUCUAUGUGUGGGUUUUAAAUUUUUAUAAAGUUUAUUAACUUAUAAUAGGCAUACUUGCAUAGGAUUUUUUUUUCUAGUUGAACUUGCUCACAUGAGCUCUAUAAACCUUUUUUCAAGCUUCUAUGUGAAACUUUGUAUCGCCAUGUUCCUUUUUCUGUCAUCACGACUUGCAUCAUGUGUCUUAAGAAUCUACCGAAAAGAACUUACUGAGAUUUUUUUUUUUUUUAGUUUUUUGCAGGGAAUUGAGGCUAAUAAGUCUGAAUUGGAUGAUACUGAAGCACAAAGUAGGGAGCUAUUUAUUCAUCACAGUAACAGACACUUAAUUGCUUUGCCAGCAUUACAAUGCGUGACCACAAUUAAUAUCCCAAUGUACUGAUAAAAUGCUGCACAUGUAGCAUCCUUUAAUUGAGAUAUAUGCAUUUGGAUUCAAGAAUGAUAUAUUUUGUCCUGUCGGAAUGGCCUUUUUAAACCCAAUAGUGUGAUUAGAAAGAAGUUAAAACUGAAAUUUCCGUGCAUUUAUUCCUCUGUGAUCAAGUGUCAGUCUGAAAGUUGUGUCUUUAGAAUGAUGCUGUGUGCACCCUCUGGAUAAGCCUGGAUUAGCUGUUUUUGGUCAGCCACUUUAUUCUGAAGACAUACCAUCACAAAGUAUAUCUGGUGCUGUAACCUCCAUCUUUCUCCUGCAGGGAGUGCUGUUACACCAGCACAACGGCUAAUAGCAGCAGUGGGGAUGUCUAGUUGCAUCCACCAUUUUGUAAAAAACAAAAAAACUUCCUGUCUUUCCUCCAAACACUUGUUUUGUGAAACUUUACACAUUAAUCUUGUUCUUGUCUACUUGGUUUUUCUACAGCUUAUUACAGCACUACAGCAUAUAAAAUGGAAAAUGUGGGUUGUCUUGUGUAAUUUGGCUGCCAUCAUGUAAGAUGGAUGGUAUGAUUCAUCACCUUUAGUGGUGCCUUUUUUUAGAUUCCUGUCUUUUGAUAAAAAAAAAUAAAUAGGCCAUCAAAAGCUUGUACUUUAACAGCUAUUUGUAACACAUUUUUUAAUGUCUUGAAUGAGAACACCUCCCAACACAUUUUGUUUUUGUAGAGAUACAGGAUACUUUGUCAUGGUGUAAAUACGCUCCCUGAUUCUCUUUCAUAUGUAUACCUUUCUAAUCGAAUGAAUGACUUUUUAUUUGUCUGAAAUUUACAAUGUCCUUUUUAGUGGUAUUUUUGCAAUGUCACAGUGGCUUGUUUCAGUGCUUCAUUCCGUGUAUUAACCGGUAUCCUUUUACAAUUAAAACGACUGUAUUUCA